AUGUUGCCGGGCCAGAUACACAAGGCCAGACAAAGUGGCCACACGGACGGUAUUUUUAAUUCCGCAGCUAUUUACGUGCAAGGGGGGCUGAAGAAAGGAAAGCAGGGGUCUCCAGCCAGGGCGGCGCCCGUCUCAGCCUCCCCGCGCCCCGAACCCCAGCCCCAGCCCUCCGCACCCACCUGCUUUCCGGGCGCGGGUAGCGCGCAGUUUUGCGGACGCGCACGUGGACGCCUGCGCCCCCGGAGUCCAGGCGGAGGCGCCCCAGGCCGGGCGGGCGGGCGCGCGAAGUGGAGGGCCGGGGUGGGCGCUCGCGGCGGCCGCUCGAGGCUAAGGCUGGGCCCGCGGGGAAGCCGCCCGGGACCUCCCGCCGAGGCUCGGCGCCCGCCCUCGGCAGCACGCGGGGCGCGGGGUGCGCGGUCUUUGCCCUGCGCGGACCCCGGAGGCCCGGCCGAGGCCGGCGCGCGGCGGGGCAGUCCUUGGGACUCAGGAGCUAUGUUCAUGUUUGUGGCGAACAUGUUCCGUUCAGCGCAAAGAAUCCAAAUGUGCCUCCUUUCCAGCUGGAUGGAUAAUGAGCACUUUCUAUGCCCAGGAUUUUGA